CCCGCUCUCACUUUCAUUUUCAAAAAGGGAAUGGAGGGAGUUUCAGAUACCCCGAGCAGCUUUGGCAAUCGUUCUCUUUGUCAGCUUAUCAAUGGAACUGGUGUACUCAGACCACAACAACUUGUAGAAAAUGAGCUCAAGAGAAACAAAAAGAAGAUCAUAGCUGGUCUUGGUGCUUACAAAAAGCCAAGAUGUGUCCAGGGAGACCUCAUAAAACAGAAGAAGUUGAAAAAAGUUACAGAGGACUUCAUUCUGAAAAUCAGUUCCUUUCUGGGAUUGGAUGAAUUAGAGACCUAUGAACUUUUCACCUCCUUUCUGGCCAAUGAUUACAGAGGUUCUAAAAAAGAGUUACAGCAUGUGUUGAGAAAUGAACGACUGGCCCACGCCCUGGCUUACAAAGUUCGAGAUUACUACUACAAUGAAAGGCUGUAUCUGCUACAGAGCAUUAAAGUCAUUGUCAACUCCUGGCAGAAUAACAAGCAUCCAUUCCAGAAAGAAUUCGAGACCUUUAUGAGGAGUACGGAAGUCAUCAGUGGUGGCCUUCAGAAUAUGCUUGUGGAAACUUUUCAACAGGUAUCAGAAGCACCAUAUCCCACCUGGGAAACCAAUAGCAUCUUAAUGAAUGAUAGACAAGUGUACUUGUGGGCACAAGAAAAUCUCAGAGAACAGUGUGAGCUUUUAGAGAUCCUGUUUAUUUACGUCAAAGAUUUCGACCUUCCUGAGGGACAAGUCUUCAAACUUCUAGAACUUUUCAAGAGACACGGAUUUGGACGUUUACAAAAUUACAAACACAUUUUAGACGAUUCUUUGAUUUUUUUGGUGAAAAGAAUAGGGUACUUAGAAGUGCUGAUUUUUAUUGAAAUGAUGGACCUACAGUCUGUACAGGCUUGCAUUGAGAGGGGGAGUUUUGAUGAACACUUCCUUUUGAAAGACAAGGAUAUAUUUGGGAAGUUGGAUAAGAUUGUUCAGUCUCUGGGUUCAGAAGAAAGUCAUGGCCCCAUUCUGUUGCUGUGGUCGGCCAUGCACAUGUUCGCUGGAGAGGCUGCGGAUUUCUCCAGGGUCAGGAAGUACGGGAACGGAGCCAUCCAUCUCCACGUGUUUCAUUACCUCUACAACCUGUUAAAGUCCGAGCCGUUUACAGAGGAAGACUCGGUAAAAAAGCUUGAUAUGUAAAUUUUUUCUCUCAAUAACAAAACAGUUUAUUUUUUCCGUAGUACAUUUAUACAAAUCAAAACAGAUUGUCAUGAACACACUCUGGGCUCAGACCAAGAUGCUGAGGCUUUACACAGAGUGAUCUGUUUGGUUUUAAAACAAGUCAGUGUGUCUGAAGAUUUCUGGGAAAAGGGAAGUGAGGAGGGAUUUGGCAGUGUCUUUCAUUCCGCCCUGUUGCGGUUUCCACUGGAUUAUACCAGUUUUGUCCAGUUCAGUGCUGCCAUAGCAGCAUCCUCUCCAACAAGUGCAGAAAGGAUUUUGCACAUUUGGAAGCAGUUACAGCGGUACACAGAGUACCUGGACUGUAAUCAUUCCUCAGAUUUAACUUCCACCAGGGAACUCAACGAGUGGAAACUGGUCGUCAACAAAACACCGUACCAUAACAAGGACUUUGUAUUGAAUGCUGGUACCAAAGGGAAAAUACUCACGAUGGGCACUAAACACGACGCCAGUCCCAUUAUCCAGUGGUACGUGACAUACAGUGGGUGGGAAGUCCUUCUGUGUGAAGUGGAGGUUUUAUUGGAUCAAGUCGCACAAGGAUCUGGUAUGGUGUCACCAACACAGAUUGAUAAAGUGACACAGAGUAUAGAACUGGUGCAUGCCGUGCUUCAGAACCAUCCAGAGAGUGAGAAAGAAUUCAAAUCCAUCAUCAACUGCAUCUACAUGUUGAUUCACAGAUUUGUGAGACUGCCCCACCCUCCUGUCCAUCUGAUAGUCCAGUGUAUAGACUGUGUCACUUGUCUGGCUAAACAGAAUCCUGUCAAGGUUUGGCAUAACAUGAAGCAGACAGGAUUACUACCAUAUCUGACGGAAAACAUCGACAACAUUGCAGAAAUACUCAGUGGCCAAGGUUUGAUGGCUGGUUGCUAUGGUAACAUGCUGUUUGGGGUGGAGUGUAUCGAGGGGUCGUAUCCAAUCACCACAUCAAUACUGGAGUUCAUCCUGAAUCUUAUUCAACCAUUCUUCAAAGACUCCAUGGAGAAUGAACUGAUGGCUUCAACUAUGUAUAUCCUGAGGGAAGUCUUUCCAGUUUUUCAGAAAUGGAGAUUUUACAAACUGAAGACAAGAGAAUUGAUAGGCAGGAAGUGUGUGGAAAUAUUUCACAAAAUAUUGGUUACUAUGAUUACCAGAACUAAACCUGUGGAAUCUGCCUCCAAAAGACCCAGAAUACAAGAGAUCGUUGUGUACAGUCUGCUGUUUACUGAGGCCGGGCAGACUUUGCUGGGAAUCAUUGCCACAGGAUCAGAUACUGUAGAUUUGGCCUUAGUUCAGCAAGGAAGCAUGGCAGAUGAUGGGAUUGGAGCGGAGAUGAUACGACUGAUACAGAUCUCAUUCUCGGUUCUGAACCAGCUGUUAUUGCUAAAGAGUCCCAACCUUCCCCUGUCUCCAGUGGAGUCGGCUCUGUCUUCUCAGCCCGUGGUCAGACAGAACCAACACAUAGUGGCUACCAUAGCUCAGUACAUCUACCACAAACACAACCCCAGACUUCCCAUGCUGGCUUGUCUCUUACUCAGAAGACUGGCUGUGGUGUCCAAGAUGUCGAUAUUAUCGUGUUUAGGGGGAGCAGCAGAGUCAGUCAGAGACAUGUAUCUCAAUCGUCUACAAAGCACCACCGAGGACCUCAGACUAAAGGUAGCCAUUUUGGAGUUUUUAUCGGUGUGUGUGGAUGCACAGCCCGGGUUGAUAGAGAUGUUCCUGAAUGUACAGCUUACAGAAUCUUCCUCAUCAGAGGCCGCCAGAAGGGAUUUAUCCCUGGGAAAAAUUAGUUGCCUUCAAACUGUGUUAAAACUGAUGGAAGCCGAGAAACAGAUGACGUACCAGUGUCCCCCUGAUCUACUGUGUGCCUGUAUGGAGUUCAUCCACUCACUCUGGUCAGGACACAGGGAGACGGCCAUGUCUGUCCUCAGAACCAAUGACAGAUUCUGGUUGAGUGUGGGUGCUCCUCUCACGAGAGAUUUACCAGACGCUCGGGAAAAACAGGAUGAAGGAUUGUAUACUUGCCAAGUGAAGACUGUCUCCCAUGUUUUAGAGAUUCUAUCGGAGGAAAUUUUCAGUGUUACAAGUGGAAAACUAGAUGACAAACUGAAGAAAGUUUUGGUAGACAUCAAUUCUACAAACAGACUGAAGUAUUGGACUGGGGAAGUUCGUAAUUGUUUGGUUGAGGAGGCCAGUCAGACUGAUCAUCCAACAGACAACCUUACAGAGCAUCACACACUGAAGCUCCUUAUAGCCUGGAAAAACUUCCUGAUCACGCUUUCCAGGUUACAGGUGGAGCAACUGAAAAUGGACAACCAUUUGAAAGAAAUCAUCAUCAUUGACUUGAUAGAAGGUCUCCGAGCAUUGAUCAAUGGAACUUCUUUAGAAUUAAACAUGAAACUAGCCAAGAUCACAAGUGCUUUGAUUUUCAGACUCAUCAAAUCAUGGACAAGUGCCCUGAGUGUGGUUAGGAGAACUGUUAAGGACAUACAGACAGCAGUACUGGAGGCUCUGUCUAAUGCCCCCGUUGUGCCCUCUCUACAGAUAGGAAUGAUUGGAUCCCUGGUGGCCAUGUUACAGCAUGUCAGGCUGAACCAAUCAAAAAAGCUGGAUGCAGACACUCUAUUGGCUGUGUUCCAGACUGGCUGUGAGAUUAUACAUCAGAGUAUAUUCCAGUUACCCUCUGUCAAAGACCUCACCCCGGGAAGUUCAGGAGAAGUGUGGUUAAAGAUGGAGGUAGUCAGCUGUUGUUUACUGGAGGAAGUGAUCCAACAGUUACCGGACAUGUCGUCAUGGUUACCAGUUCUACAGGAACACCUUAUUAUUUCAUCCCUCCUUUCCUCUUUAGAAUUCUUCAUCAAGGGUAAACAAGGCCUGAAUUUUGUACACACUGUGAUGUUGCUCUUCCUAAGUAUUGCAAAGCAUGAAAAGGGAGCGGAAUCUUUAGCCCUUAGUGGACUAACCCAGCAUCUGUGUUUAGCUGUCACUAAUCUCUAUGAGGAUCUUGAACCUUCUGCACUAAAACAAUCCAUGAUUAACACCAAACAGAAGGAUAAUUUAGCCACACUCUCUUGGCAUGGAGUUUACUGCCUUUCUGUGGAUCUGUAUGCCACCAUGUUGUUGGUGCUGAAAUUUUCAUUCCUUGAGGAUGCCUUCCAUUUUCUUGGAGCUCACCAGGAUCGAAUGAUUCAGUGUUUUGAGCUAUCUAAAGUGCUCCUCCAAGACAAUGUAUUGUUUGAGGCAGAGAAGACGUGUGAUUUUAUCUGUCAGCUGUCAGCUUACCUACCUCAAUGGAGAAUCAGCUCACCCAACUCUGUCCAUCAGUUACAGGGCAGUGUUUUGUAUAUGUGUCAGACUUUUGUGGCUUACCUUAUGAGCACAAGAUAUCUACAACAUAUACUGGAGAACAGGGCACCAGAAAACCAUGUGACCAGACAGAGGCUUCAACAACAGUCCUCUACAGAGGAAGACUUACCGACCAAGAAAGUACUACAAGUAAAAAGAAGAAUGUUAGAAAUACUUGGACGAGCAUUUUCCAUGUUGAGAUAUUUUACUCCUGAACUUUGUGAAAUUUUGUAUGAAAGGAAUAUGGAUUAUACAGAGCACCAUCCAUUUUUAGCUGUGGCCUUUACAGCGCCAUCUAUUGACCAGGAAUGUCUGCCAUCUUUUGGAACUCUGACAUCUUGUGUGAGAGAUGUGUGUGUUAGACUGCUAACAAAGCACGAAGUUAAACCAGGCCAUUCCCCUCAUUCCUUCUCAGAUACCAGCUUAUUUGAUAUUAUUCCAAAGUCCUUGAUCAUGUUUGUGAUGGAGAAUGCUUUAUACAUUGUUAUGUCACAAGCCAUGAGGCUCCUGAGAGACCCAGGUCUGGCACAGACAGACAAACAAUUACUGAAAAGAGAGCUGGGUACAGAAAUGAACUACUUUUUAAUGGAGCUACAGAGAUACCUGAAGAGAGGGGCCCCCACUUCUCCCUCCCCAGGCUCCACCCACAGGCAGGCCAGUCCUAAGGGGGCCACCACCCCCAACUUACUGGGUCGCUCCAUAUCCCAGACAGCACUCAUGUCAUCACCCGAAAUGGAAUUCUUUAAAUUUGUCCAGGAAUUCGUGUCUGCUGUGUUGAAAUGAAAUAAUCUUAUAUCCAUGGAUUCAUUUAUCAAAAUGGGAUUCACAUUUAAACACACUAUUUAGCUGUGAUGAAUUAAUUUGAUUUAAGUAAAGAUUGAUUUAGGAGUCAUGACAGACCUUGAUGCUGGUGAUCAGAAGAUCAGAGUUUUCUAUAUAGUCCAUGAAGAGUAAACCAAAUCUUUAUGUGAAGUCUAAGUUGACAUUGCUGAGAAUUGAUGAUGAUUACCACUUUUGAACUGUGUUCAUUACAAUGAAGUUGUGUACAGACAGAAAUAACAUGAUAACAUGUAU